AUGGACAGCCACAGCGAGGAAUUCAAAAACCCGACAGACCAUGAUGACCAGUAUCUGGGUCCACAGGAGACUCGGUCGUCUGCAAUUCAUAGGAUACGGACAGCUGGAAACGUAUCCAUCUCGCCAGAGCUUUUUGAAAAGCUCUACCUGAACCCAAAGAUCCCAGUCGCGGGAAACCUGCGACAGGUCCUUGGUAACCCAACUCCGAUUGCGAUUACGGGCUUUGUGAUAAGCUUGACGCCAUUGUCGUGCGAUCUUAUGGGGUGGAGAGGAGCUGGUGGCAACGGUGCGGCUAAUAUCGGAGCAUACUUCUUUUUCGGAGGAAUUCUGUUGAUGGUUGGGGGGUUCUUGGAGUUCAUCAUCGGCAACACUUUCUCCAGCGUCGUUUUCAUGUCGUUCGCUAGCUUUUAUCUGACUCUCGGUUCAACUCUCCAACCAUUCUACGGCGCCUACGCAGCGUACUCGCCAUCAGCUACAGAUCCCACGGCAGGACUAGAUACACAGGGCUUCAAUGCAACCUUUGGAUUCUUCCUCGUGUUUUUCGAAAUCUUAUGCUUUUUCUACUUGAUCUGCUCUCUGCGAACCAACUUGGUGCUGGUGUAUAUCAUGUUCACGGUUGUCGUCGGUCUGGGUCUCACGGCAGCUUCCUACUUUCACAGGGCAACGCAAGACGCAUCCCUUGCUCACAGUUAUCAAGUGGCUGGUGGUGCGAUCCUGUUCGCGUGCUCGCUGGGUGGAUGGUAUCUACUGUUAGCGUUGCUCCUCCCAACGGUGGAUUUUCCCUUCGAGCUGCCUGUUGGUGAUCUAUCUUGUCGCAUUCCCUCCAUGUCUCAGCGAAAACUGAACAAGGACCAAGUCUAG